CGAGCUCUUCUCGCGAGAUCGUCACCAUACCGGAGUCAGCUGUGUUGGCCUCUGACUGGGCAUUGAGAAGUGUUUGGGCGUUCCUUUUGGGGCUCCUCUGGAUCUGGCCCAGAGGCAUUAAGUAUACAGAAAAAUGGAGUAUAUGACAGAAUCCAUCAACCGUACACCUGGACACAUCCUGUGCUGCGAUUGUGGUGUCCCAAUUAGUCCAAAUCCUGCCAAUAUUUGUGUGGCUUGUCUGCGAAGUAAAGUAGAUAUCAGCCAAGGCAUUCCAAAACAAGUUUCUAUAUCUUUCUGCAAACAGUGCCAAAGAUAUUUCCAGCCACCAGGAACUUGGAUACAAUGUGCAUUAGAAUCCAGGGAACUUCUUGCUUUGUGUUUGAAAAAAAUCAAAGCUCCUUUGAGUAAGGUACGCCUUGUAGAUGCAAGCUUUGUUUGGACUGAGCCCCAUUCUAAGAGACUUAAAGUUAAACUGACUAUUCAGAAAGAGGUAAUGAAUGGUGCUAUCCUUCAGCAAGUGUUUGUGGUGGAUUAUGUUGUUCAGUCCCAGAUGUGUGGAGAUUGCCAUAGAGUGGAAGCUAAGGAUUUCUGGAAGGCUGUGGUUCAAGUCAGGCAAAAGACUGUGCACAAAAAAACUUUCUACUAUCUGGAACAAUUGAUUUUGAAAUAUGGGAUGCAUCAGAAUACACUUCGUAUCAAAGAGAUUCAUGAUGGUCUGGAUUUCUAUUAUUCCUCAAAACAACAUGCUCAGAAGAUGGUAGAAUUUCUUCAGUGUACGGUUCCCACUAGGUACAAAGCCUCACAGAGACUGAUCUCUCAGGAUAUCCAUAGUAACACAUACAAUUACAAAAGCACUUUUUCUGUGGAAAUUGUUCCAAUAUGCAAGGAUAACGUUGUUUGUCUGUCUCCAAAACUGGCACAAAGCCUGGGAAACAUGAACCAGAUUUGUGUGUGUAUUCGAGUAACCAGCGUCAUCCAUCUCAUAGAUCCAAAUACCCUACAAGUCGCAGAUAUUGAUGGGAACACUUUCUGGACUCACCCUUUCAAUAGUUUAUGCCACCCCAAACAGCUUGAGGAGUUCAUUGUUAUGGAAUGCAGCAUAGUCCGAGAUCUAAAACGCAGUGCAGGUGCAGGAAUGAUAUCAAAAAAGCAUACCCUCGGGGAAGUCUGGGUACAGAAAACAUCUGAAAUGAAUACAGAUAAACAGUAUUUUUGUCGCACUCAUUUGGGACAUCUUCUAAAUCCUGGAGACCUGGUAUUGGGGUUUGAUUUGGCCAACUGUAACUUAAAUGAUGAACAUGUCAACAAAAUGAAGUCAGAUAGAAUCCCAGAUGUGGUAUUAAUCAAGAAGAAUUAUGACCGUACCAAACGUCAGCGUCGUAGAAACUGGAAACUGAAAGAACUUGCAAGAGAUAGAGAAAACAUGGAUACAGAUAAUGAAAGGCAAUACCAGGAUUUCCUUGAAGAUCUUGAAGAAGAUGAAGCAAUUAGAAAAAAUGUGAAUAUUUACAGAGAUCCAACCAUUCCUGUAGAAAGUGAUACAGAUGAUGAAGGAGCACCUCGAAUUAGUCUGGCUGAGAUGCUUGAAGACCUUCAUAUUUCUCAAGAUGCUACUGGUGAAGAAGGUGAAUUGAUGAUGACAUGAUGAGAUAUUGUGGAUGGUUUCCACAUCCAUAGGCUCAGGAUGCUGGACAAAAAAUAACUGUCUAUGCCUUCAUAUUGAGAAAGGAGAAAUUUAGUUUUAAACCUGAAAAAAUAUGAGUAUUUUGGUUGCUCACUGUAAGUACUGAAAAAGAGUGAUGGCUUUGAAGUUUUAGAUAAAAAAUUAUGGAGAAUGUAAUUAUUAUUGAUAUUUAGGCCAUUUUACUUAGGGAAUUUUAUCAGCUUUCUCUUUUAUGAGACACCAGCAGUUUCACUAGUAGUACUUUAGCUCUGGUUUAAAAGCCCACAAGUUGUAAUUCCUUAAAUUACAAGGAAUUGAAUUACAAUCUUCCAGCAUAAAACAGGCAUUUACAUUCUUUUUAUAUUGAUUACUUUAGUAAGAUAGCAUACAAAGAAAAUAAUUUUAAUAUGAACUAGCUAUGCACUUUGAUCCACUUCAGAUCAUUUUAUGUCUUUGGGACAGGAAAGUUGGGGUUCAGUUUAUCUUUAGACGAUUUAGUGGGAAAGUGAAUCUUUUUUUAUUCAUAAUAUUUACAUCUUUAAAAGCUGAUAAGCUGGGGAUUAUCUUUUUUUUUGCAGAAGAAAGUAUAUUUAAAAUAUUUGUAGAUUUAUAGCAAAAACAGAAUAUUUAAAGGUUAAAUAACAAUUUGUAUCUGUAUUGUUUUGGACUGUGCUACUAGCUUAGUGCAGUAGCUGCUUGUGUCAUAAAAAUGUCUUAUCACUUCAAGGAUUUUACUUUUAAAAUUGUGGUUUACAAGUUGAGAAGGAAUUAUUUCUAUGUAAGUUUCUAUCAUUGAACACAUCACCAUCAAAAAGAAUAUUAGAAUCUAGCAUAUAAAUGAUGAAGUAAUAAAAAAUAAUCUUCAUGCUUUAUAAAACCACGCACGAAUCAGAUUUGAAUGAGGAAUGCCUUCCUCAUCUUGGAAAAGCAUUGGCUUGGAUUUUGAAGUGUUCUGAAAAUGAAGUAUUAAGAUCUUAUUUUUGUAAGCAAAAUCAGACUUACUAAGCAUGCCAAAAGUAAGCUAAUUCAUAAAUUUAAUAUAUAUCAUUAAAUAAGGAAAUUGAGUAUGUGCUGAAUAGAACACUCUCCUUUUUUAAAAAUUAGACUCUCAUUCUGAAGUUAUAAAGAAAGGCCUAUCCUUUCAAUAAAGUAGCUCCUUUUCUGUUUGCAUAUUUCAAGUUUUAAUUUGUGAUCUGUUUACUCCUUCUAUGUCAAGACUUUAAAAAGCAUGAAAAUAAAAAUGUCCUCCCCCUU